UAAAAUUAAACAAUGUACUACAAAUACACCCCAACACAGUCGCAGUAUUUCCCCAGUUGUGAAAGAAAGAACAUGAAGAUAGCCCCAGCACUACUAUUCGUGAUCACCGUCCAUCACCUGGACCACAGCGUCCAAGCAAAGCGCCUCCAGAUAGGCGGUAUAGACACGGGAAUUUUCCUGUACCCCUACAUGGCCGCAAUUGAGUUCGCCCAAAAGCUCGUCGGCAAUGGUGCGAUCAUUGCACAACGCUACAUCCUUACCUCGGCCAGUGCCGUUGCCGAGCCGCACGACUCCCUCUACAAAGUGCAGCUCGGUGCGGACGUCUUCAAGGGUCCGGGUGACCUGUACGAGGUGCUAACCAUCUACAAACAUCCCCAGUACAUCGGCUAGGACUGCAACAUUGCACUGCUACAUCUGAAAGAACCCAUCCGCUACAGUGACUCGGUGCAGCCGGCCAUUAUUGCAGACACUUUCGUGAACAAUCUGCAAGUGCUGCUGGUUUCGUACGGCACCAAUGAGGAGGGUACGAUGCAUCUGCGCGAAGCCAUCUACACCGCGUCGACCGAUGCUGAGUGUGUGGACUCCCUCACCAAGGGGCUAUCGAAGGAAAUCAUUAUUCAAGAGCACGGGUUCUGUGUGCGUAGCCCGCCCGGGGCUGAGCAGGGCCAGUGGGCCGACGAUGCCGGUGCACCGAUCGUGGCCGACGGGAAGCUGUACGGUGUGUUUGCGUUUUCUGAGCAGGAAGGUAAAACCAAUGUCGGAUCGAUCGGUACGCGGGUUUCCGCAUUUUUGGAAUGGAUUUAUGAAACAAUGGAAGAACAUGACUAGUAUGCGAAAGAUUAUCUCUAAAUCGUAGAUACAGAAAUCAAUUCAAUCAGCUGUAGCUCCAUGCAUAAAAUCCAAAGUUGAUUGUUUGAAUGUAAAGGGUGCAUCCAUAAACUACGUAAUGAAACUUUGUUUACUGCUGCCAAUCCAGCUUAAGACAAUUUAAAACUGUUAAAUAAUCAUUUUACACAGUUUUAAACUUAUCGUUGAAAGUAGCUUUGUUUAUGUUAAAAAAAUAUAUCAAUUUAG